CAUUCAUGGCCUUUAAGGAAGAUGAAUGUAACCUAAGAUCACCUGACGAAAAACACGAUGAGAGAAAAGACUGUUGGACUGAAGAUAGACAAUAUGAAGGCGGGGACUCAGAAAUAGGAAACAAUGAGUGGGUUUUUCUGAAACAUCUCUUAAUACAGUACGGUAAACCAUUGAAAGAUUAUGAACUCUGGGCUUUAUGCCAUGAAUGUUUGCUCACUCUGGAGACAUAUACAGAUUAUCCAGCAUAUUUGUGUUUGGAUUCUGUAGCAAUAAAUCAUGAUGGAAGUAUUACUUUUGUUCCAUAUGGAAAUGAAGAAUCAUUGGAUAGGUUUUACUUGGCUCCUGAGGCAGCAGAAGAGGGUUUUAUUACUGAAAAGGCCUGUAUUUACUGUAUGGCUGCAAUUUUGUGGAGAGCGGCAAGAAGCAAUUUUCCACCUGAUCACAAAUUGGCGUUGCCAGGGCAACUGAAACAUUUUCUUCUGAAUAUGGCAAGAAGCAAGCCAGAAGACCGCCCUUCUCUAGCAAAUGCAAUUAAGAUUUGUCGCAGUUAUCUGCUUGAACAAAAUAUCAGCAGCAAGAUGAUUCUAGAAGUUUUAGCAAAAAUGGCAUUUCAGGACUUCAGAGGAGAGGAUUCUUUUAAUGUUAGCUGGCCUUUUCAAAAUGAAAGUUGCUCAGGAAAUGCUAACUUAGGAUUUUUGCCUAUGAGCAAUGAAAGCAAACUGAUAGCCGUAGAAGGACCAGUUCCUUGCCAGUCACCUUUAAACAGAGAACAGAUCAUGUUACCAAAUGCCUUCACUUCUUCAGCAACUCAUUUUAAACCUAUUAUUCUGCAUCAGAAUGUAAAUCAUAAAAUAGAUGCCAUUGCAACCCCUGUUAUAGACUGUGAAACUAUGACAAGAAUAGCAUCUGUGAGUAGCAGAAGUCCAAUACAUUCAAGUAAUGACAAUGAAAAUAAGAGUGAUGAAAUUUCUAAUUUGUCUACUACCUGUAUGAUGCCUGGUGCUCCGGAGCAUAAUAAAGAAGAACCAAAAAUACUACAACAGAAGAAUUCCGAAGAGGAAUUUCCAAGCAAUACUAGUUGCUCUAACCCUAUCUUACCAGUUUCUGACUCUUCAGAUGUGCCUCAAGAGAAAUGCAUUUUGGAAGCAUCUCCCUUGGCUAAUCCCGAGUCUACUGUCCCAUCUAGUAUGACUUUUAUAAAUAAUUUUCUUUUAAAGCAGGAUCCAGAGACAAGGGUUUUGACUCUUGUACCCGUGCAGAUAGCAGUAUCAGAGCAAAUACCCAAUAAACCCCUCUAUUCAAAAGCAACUUACAGCUGUUGUCCAAGUUUACAUGUGCUCCUUUCGGAACCUGCAAUGACCUAUGAUGCUAACAGAGCCUUACAAACAAGUUCAUCCUUAAGUAAUGCAAUCAAGGAUCAAUUCUACCAUGAUCAAAAUAAAUGUGGGGACAUAAAAGUGAAGACAGGUGGUUUAACGCCAACGACAAUUAAUAAAGAGACUCAAACCAAGUGCUAUGAAAGUAAUCCGUGCCUUGCAUCCUGGAAGAAAUCCAGUACAGAUGCAGAGGAUAGAUUCCUUUUAUCAGAUCACACACUGGAUGCCUUGGUGGAUCAAAAUUCUGCUGGUUCAUUCAUCCUAGAAACGUCUCAGCAAAAUAAAGAAACACAGAAUGUUCCCUUGCAGAAUAUUGUGCAACUUAUCCAAGAAGAGUUUGCAUUUGAUAAAUCUCAGGACAAUGUUGCAGAAGCCCUGGCUAUAGGUAAAUAUAUUUUCACCUUAAAGGAUCUCCAAUACAAUACAUUCUGUAAUGCAGUUUCUGAGAAAUUUUGUCAACGUUACUGGGAAGAAAAAUUGCUAGCAAAUCUUUAUGGUGCAGCAAAUGAUAGAACUCCAGUACCUGAAAGAAUUAAUGAACCACAAUAUUUGAGCAAGACUUUCCAAAGCAAACCAAAUACCUUUCUGAGUGGAAGUGAGGAAGCAAAAGUUCAUGUUGCUGGCAUGGAUUCCGAUGAGAAGGAAGUUGAAUCACAAACUCUCCUGGUUGGAAUGCAGAUGGAGGGAGAAUGUUUGGAGACCGAAAAAUGUUGCAGUGGGCCACAUGUUACAGAAACAGAACAAAACUCUUCCUCUCUUUCUGAAUUGCCUGGAUUUUAUCCUGGUUGGAGCAGCGCAUUCUAUGGCUCAGAAUGGUUCAGUCUAGAUGUACACAAUUAUUUUAGAAAACUUGGAAAACAAAAAGCUCGUGGAACUCAAAAUAUCGAUGCCAAAAAAAUGGAACUUGACCAGCUGAUAAUGAUCGAGACAAAAAAUUACAGGAAGACCAUAACCUUCCACCAAAGGCUGUUGUAUAAAGAGAGAAGCAACAAAGGUGGAGAAAUAAAAGCUUUGUUGCCAAAGCUGGAGAGACAGAUAGAAGAAAUGAAAUCAAAGAUACGGUUUCUUGAACUUGUGAAGAAGUAUCUCCAGAUUCUGUAUGCAGAAAAAUGGGGUGUUGAGCCAUGCAACUUUCUUACAGUGGUUAAUAUGGGAAGAAAUGAACCAUCGGACAUCAGUGCCUUAGAUGGCAUGUUACUUUUUUAUCAUCUAAGCAAAACCCCAAGUGAAAUUCAGUAUAAUGACAGUCAGAAUUGCCCAAGAAGUCUUCAAGCCGGAACGCCACUUGCAUUAAUGGCAUAUCUGUAUUCCAGAAAUGCAUUUUUAAAAGGCUAUGUUCAACAGUUUCUAUUCACUUUUCGCUACUUCUGCUCACAAGAGGAACUUUUACAAUUUCUUCUUGAUAGGAUCAGAAUUACCUUGCCAGGCUCCAGCCCAGAAUCUUGUUCAUUGUUCAGCAAAAUAUACCACCGUAGUUUCUCCAUUCUUCAAGCUUGGAUCGAAGACUGUUACACCGUAGACUUUAGCAUAAACCCUAAUUUCAUGCGAAUAUUAAAAGACUUUAUCAUUUCUCAGGUAGUUCCAUUCAACGGUUGUGGCAGACAAUUGCUGUCAUUACUUAAUAACGUUGCCAGUAAAAAAGAGAGAAAUGUUUCUCAGUUCUGCAAGAUGGAAGUAUGGGAACAAGAGAUGGAGAUGCGUGAAACACGAUCGUUACGUUUUUCAUGCAAAAGAGAUACAGGAAAUGUUUUACAAAAGCGUCUUAGCCGGAGACUCUCAAAAGGCACUGAAUCCCAGUUGUGUUAUAGACCCGCAACAGAAGAAUUAUCUGGCUUCUGCCUCAGCAUAGCUGAGGCUCCAUAUUUCUUAACUGAAUACACUGCACAACAACUUUAUUGCCAGCUGACAUUAUUAGAACAGGAAAUAUUCCAUAAAUGUCAUCCAGUGCAUUUUCUAAAUUCAAGACUGCUCGGGGUCAACGAUAAAACUGUGCUUCUCCCAAAGGCUUCUUCCUCUGAAUUGCUCUCUUCUCCAGCCUAUAACCUUUUUGUGAAAAACUGUGUCCAAGAUGAUUACCUCCUGCAGCUUUUAAAAUAUGCAGAUAACGUCAGUACCUGGGUUGCUGCUGAAAUUGUCAGCAGCUGCAGCUCUAAGGUACAGAUGAAUUUGGUAUCAAAAUUUCUCUUCACUGCCAAGUGUUGCUACAAGCAAAGAAAUUUUGCCACUGCGAUGCAAAUCCUCAGAGGUCUGGAGAAUCUCAUUGUCAGACAAUUGCCUAUUUGGAAAAGCUUGCCUUGUAAAGUUUCUGACAUACUGGAAGAACUGAAGGCUGUAGAGGUAUUUUUAAAAAGUGACAGCUUGUGCUUAAUGGAAGGGGAGAGAUUUAAAACAUCUCCAACAAUUCCAUCAGCUCAUAUUCUAACUAUGCACAUACAGCAACUUGAAACUGGAGGAUUUACGAUGCGAAAUGGCACAUAUAAGUGGACCAAACUUAGAAAUAUUGCGAAGGUUGUGAGCCAAGUUCAAGCAUUUCAAGAAAACCCCUACAUGUUCCCACCAGAUUGCCAAUUACAAGAUUUCUUAAGACAAAGAAUAGCUUUUCUUAAUGAUGCAGACAUCUUUGCAUUAGCAGCUGAUAAUUAUGCCAACUUUCAUCAGAAACCUGAAAAGCAAUCUCGAAAAAUACAAGAUGCCUUACACAGGAUGAAAGCGAUGUUUCAGUGACGUUUAUAUAUCUCUCGGGCCAUUUUUUAUUU